AGUAUGCCUCUGGCUCUCGAGCACGUUGUGUCGUGAUAAUAACAUUUUUUUUUAUAAUUAUUUUCAUCAACAAUAACACUGAUAAAAUAAAAAUGAAUUUACGAAGAAAAUAUUAAUAGAAUUUAUAAAUACGUUUAUAAUAUUAAUAUAAAAAAAAAAUGUUGAGUAUGCAUUUUGCAAAAAUACCGGAAAAUGGGAAAAUGUGAAUAGUGUUGAAUAAUUUGAAUCGAUUUUCAUCGACGAAUGCAUUUACUUUAAAAAUAAGUGAGAAGAAUUCUAUUGAAUAUCAUUUUUUAUAAUAAUAAAUAUAAAUAAAAAAAAGUCAAAUUCAAUUUUGUGUAUUGAAAGCUGUGCUUCAAGUGUACAAAUGUAUUUUAUUUGAAAAAGUGUUAAAAAGAUAAAUAAUAAUAAUAUAUAAAAAUGUGUUGUUCGGGAAGUACAAAUGGUUCGGGAAUGACUAGAUGUGGAGUUAUUUGUGGUUUGGCAGCUCUUGUUGCAUUAACCACAGCUCUUCUUGGUCCAGCAUGGCUUCAUACAGAGGAACAACUAACACUUCCUCAUUUACCACGACAGUUUGCAUCAGCUGUUACUGUACGUUUUAAGCUUGGACUAUUCAAAGUUUGUCCAACAAUUAUUAAACCACCAAAUAUCACAUUUUAUGUGUCAACUCCAGGCUGUACUAAAGUGAGAUACAAUAAUUUCGCUGACGUUGCUUCACGAGAGCUGGGAUUUAAUGAGUUAAAUUUCACUCCUCUCGUUGUAUCAAAAAUGAGAAUAUCAGCACCAUUUCAAAUAGCAGCUGUUGUUUUAAUAUCACUUGGAACAUUUUUUGCAAUGAUUGGUCAUUGUUAUGGUGACCACAAAACAAUAAUUGCAUGUGGACUAUAUCUACUUGGUGGUCUUUCACUUGGUGGUGGACUUAUUGUACUCGCUUCAGCCCUAUCAGAUGCAUCAUUUGAAUCGCCAAAAAGAUAUGGUGUUUUAUCAUCAUUAAAUUUAGAAGACAAUGCAUUGCCACAAUAUAAAUAUGGCUGGUGUUUACAGCUAUCGGGACUUGCAUUGAUACUUGCUGAAAUUGCAGCAUUGUUUACUGUAUCUGGUUACAUGGCACGUUUUCCAACAGUUGAAGAUAUGGUACGUGUUAUGGUACCAGGUGCUGAGCGUAAAUUACGUGAACAACGUGGUUUGUCAUCAGAAUAUCUUGUUAGAUCUCAUCAAAAAUCACCAGGUGUAGCACAAACACAAACGUUUGAUCAACCAACCAAAGAUGUUAUUCUUGGUCCACAAAGAUUAACUGAAGAAGGAACAACAUCAUUACUUUGUAAAACAGCACCAGAUAUAUGUGUAUCAAAUCCAAAAUCAAUAAGUUAUGUUGAUAAAAAUGAUUUAUCACAUAUACUACCGUCAUAUCCAAAUUCACAAAUUGUUGAGCCACAAUUUACAUUUGUUGAUAAAAUUGAACCUGGUAUUGUUGAUUCGAGAUUAAGUGGUUUUGCUGAUAAAGAAGGUUUUAUGGAUUCACGAAUAUUAUCUGAUUCACGACAAAAUAUUAUGACAUAUACUGAGGAUAAAGAACAUGUUUUAAAUUCACAACAACAACAUCAACAACAGCUACAUCAACAACAGCUACAACAACAACAACAGCUACAUCAACAACAACAAUUACAAGAAUCACGCUAUGUUGAAUUUUGUAAUAGUCCUAGAAUGCAAGAACAAUGCUCAAAUAAUGAUACAUUAAUGUCAAAUGUUAUUAUUGUAUCUGAUACAAGACAUCCUAUGACAAAUAAUGAAUAUUUACAUGAUAAUAAAAAUUAUAAUUGUUGUAAUAAUUUAGCUGGACAAACAGUACCAAUUAUACUUAAACAUAAUAAUCAAAAUCAAAAUAUAACAACAAUACAAUCACAUGGUAUGUAUCAAAAUUUUGGUACAAUUCAUAGUGGUAGAUGUUCUGAACCAAGUACAAGUACAAGUACAAAUACAAAUCAAAGAAGUAUGACAUUACAAAAUCCAAAAAGAAAAAAUCAAAUUGGACAAAAUACAUUUAGUACACUUGAAUGUGAAAAAAGAGGUAAUGGACAAAAAACAAGUGGACAUUGUGGUAAAAUUGGUUUUUAUGCUGGUAGUGCUGUAUGACCACCACCAAAAUCAUCAUCACCAAGAUAACUUUAUCGUCAAGAGGACGAGUCACGUCUCUAGUCCUCUUUCAUAAUUUUUUAAAAUAAUUAUUAAUUUAAUUUUUUUAUUUCUAUGUAGUAAACGAACGUUUUUUUUUUUUACUAAUUAUUUUUUUUUUUUUCUAUUGUAAUAUACAAUUUUAUUGUUGUUGUAAAAAAAAAAAAAAAUACUGCCAAUAAUAGAGACUUUUUUAUGAUAUUAAAAUGUUAUUUAAAAUUUUUUUAAUGAAUAAUUAAUAAUUUUUAAUAAAUAAUUUAAAUUAUAUGAAUUUUUUUUUUUUAUCGAUUGUAAAUAUAAAUUUAUUACGUGAUUAUUUAUUGAAUUUAAAAUAAUUUUAUAGUGUAAUUAAAGACUUGGAUAAUUUAAAUAUUAAUAUAUCAAUAUUGUGUAAUUAAUUAUUAUGCAAUUAAAUAUUUAUAAUAUGAAUUUUAAGAUAAUCAAAAUGAUGAACGACUGAUGUUUUUUUUUUCUGGAUAUUGUUUGUCGAAUGGAACUUUGUUAAUUUGUUGAUAAUAUUGUUUUUUUUUUUGAUUUAUUAAUCUCGAUGGACAUAUCAAAAAUGAAAAUUAGUUAUAAAUAAAUUUUAUAAUGAAUGUUUAGGUAUAAUUGUGUAAAAAUGAACGGUGCAAUUUUCACGUAUACGCUAAUUAAAAUUACGAAAUCGUUAUUGGCACCGAUACGGGGAAAUUUACGGGAAAUACGGUAAAUGUUUACCGUGAAUUUUUCCGAAACUUGUAUAAAUGUCCCCGUAAAUUCCCCCGUAUUCAGUGCCAAUAGCGUUACCGUUAAAAUUAUAAAAAUUAUAAAAAUUAUAAAAAUUAUUGUGAACGAGAUUUUUAAGAUGUGCAUCUUGUUAAAUUAAAAAACACAACAGCAUAAAUAAAUGUAUAAAUAUUGAAUGAAUUUAUCGAAUGUAAAAGAAAAAAUAAUUUAUUCAAUGUGAUGUAAAAGAACAGUAUAAUAAAAAUUUUCUCUCAAUCUUAGUGAAUUAAAAAAUCAUA